AUGUCACGUACUUACCUGAUCUCCAAGUAUCUAGAUCCUAUUCUUGGUAUCGCUACCGGAAUUUUGGCCUAUCAGCUCCAUGAGUCUAACCCCCGCACGGCUCCUCCAGUUGGUGAGGACUUGAGAAGCUUAAUGCGUUGGAAACAGAACAUCGCUCGUCACGAGGAGCAGGUCGAGAUGGAGCAAUGGAACGAAAUCGUGAGGCAAUUGAAUCUCAACGAUGAUGCCCAGAGCGGGACUGUACUUCAGGCAGAAUCCGGCCCUACACGUGCCAGCUGA